AUGGACAAACUCCAGGUCACAAUAGCGGGGAUCAGUGAGAUGAGAUGGAGCGGUAGUGGGGUAACAACAUCAGCAAAUGGUAACCUAAUCUUGCACAGCGGUAAUAAUGAGGGAAGCAGAUAUGGAGUAGGGAUAUUCGUAGCCAGAAGAAUGAAAGAAACGCUACACUCCUGGACACCCAUUUCAGACAGACUCAUUAAAGCGACGUUUAGAUGUAGGGCCAGACCAAUAACAAUCGUGCAGUGUUACGCCCCAACCGAAGACGCAAACGACGACAUCAAAGACGACUUCUAUACCGCGCUAACUUCCACUCUCACUGGCAUACCUCGAGGCAACAUCACUGUUAUCAUGGGCGACUUCAAUGCAAAAAUAGGACCCAACUUUACCAGAAUGAGGUCAGCCACUGGGGGCCACGGUAUAGGCACGCGUAAUAACAAUGGAGAUAGACUAAUAGAAGUAUGCCAAAUGUUUCAGUUAAUCAUUGGGGGUAGUAUGUUCCCACACAGAGAUAUCCACAAAUACACGUGGACAUCUCCGAGUGGAAACACACGUAACCAAAUUGACCACAUUUGUAUAAGCAGAAAAUGGAGGAAGUCUCUACUGGAUGUAAGGAACAAGAGGGGAGCAUCGAUAGACAGCGACCACGAGCUGAUCAUUGGGGAGCUCUCAAUCAAGCUGGACCGCAAUCGCCCGCGAAAUGCUGACGACUCAAGGAACCACCGCCCGGCCCCCCUCAACAUACACCUACUUGGCGAAACGGACAUCAGUGCCAGACUUGCAUCAACAUUACGCACCCACCUACUACCGCAGCAAGGCCAGACAUGGGAACAGACGUGCGAUACACUAAGGACCGCCGCAGAAGGCAUCAUUGGCACCCAACAACGAAGAAGAAACAACUGGAUCUCUAGCGCAACGUGGGACACGAUCAACAAAAGGAACUCACUAGAAUUACUGGCUGACCGUGACAGCAAUAGACGCGACGAACACCGCGCACUAUGCAAAGCUGUCAAGAGAGCAGACAGAAAUGAUAAGAGAGCCCUACUGGAUAGACUGGCAGAUAAUGCAAAACGCGCAGCAAACGAAAACAACAUGCGAUCACUAUACCAGACAAUUGAUCAAAUCUCAGGAGGCUAUAGAAGGAAGAACCAGCCAGUCAAAGAUGCCAUUGGAAUACUUCUCACUAGCGACGACGACCAAAUCCACAGGUGGCGCCAACACUUCAUGGAAAUCAGCAACUCCGACAUGCCUAGCAGGAGCGAUGACUACAGAAACGUUGCGCCAGCAAAUGGGAACCGGAGAAUAUCAUCCGUCCCACCCUCCGAUGACGCCAACCUGGCGGUACUGCACAACGGGAAGACAAGUGCACCUUUCCAAACAAACACCGGGGUCAAGCAAGGAUGCCCACUAUCCCCACUGCUCUUCAACAUUGUGGUGGACGAGGUCAUGAGAGAAGUGUGCAAACACAAGCGUGGAAUAACAUGGAGCUUCACCUGA